CUCCUGUCCUGCUGUCUGUACGUCCACAUACCGCUAUCUGUAAUUUUCUGACAAAGGGGGAGGUGGGGGUCGAGUCACAGACAGCUGACGCACCGGAGCGCAGCGCUGCGCGUUUCUGGGGCGCAUCUUUAUUCCGGCUUCAGGGGGAAAGGUGCGCGCAGCGUCGGUCCCAUCCGCGGAAAAACUUGUUCCACCCGACUCCUCCGAUUUAAGCGACUGUUAAAACUUUCACCUCUGUCUUAUUUUGUACAUUUCAACUUCCUGCAGCAGCAGUGACUCUGAUGCGCAACAGUCCACUGCUGAUACUUGACUGAGACGGAGGACUCAUUCAGCUCACUCGUUAAAUCCAGUGAAGAUUAUGGAUGCACUGACACAGAGUCUGCACGGUAUUAUUGAACUAACUGCGGCUAACUGAUGGAGUUUAAGACCACUUUUCCUCAUCGGGAAGUUUUUUCUGUUCCCCAAUGAUGGACGGAAGACAGUCGGAAAGGACUUUCACACCUGAUUUUGGAGCCUUUGCCAACACAUGAGAGGAAGAAAACAUGUUUUGUCUGAUGAAAUCUCGAGCCGGAUCAGACAGCAGCAGGGCUAUGGGGAUCAGACAUGGGACAAAAACACAGCAUCACUCCAAACCCAUCUCUAACAGCUGCUUCGUUUUUAUUCUGCUCCUGCUCAUUUUUACACCAAGAGUGGAUUCAUCAUGGUGGUACAUCGGAGCGCUGGGAGCUCGGGUGAUCUGCGACAACAUUCCCGGCCUGGUGAACAAGCAGCGGCAGCUCUGCCAGCGGCACCCAGACCUGAUGCAGUCCAUCGGGGAGGGAGCCAAGGAGUGGAUCAGAGAGUGCCAGCACCAGUUCAGACACCACCGCUGGAACUGCAGCACGCUGGACCGGGACCACACCGUGUUUGGCAGGGUGAUGCUGCGAAGCAGCCGAGAGGCAGCGUUCGUCUACGCCAUCUCCUCGGCUGGAGUGGUCUACGCCAUCACCAGGGCCUGCAGUCAGGGAGAGCUUAAUAUCUGCAACUGCGACAGCAAGCGCGGGCGAGACAGCGACAACAAGGGCAACUUUGAUUGGGGCGGAUGCAGUGAUAACAUCAAAUACGGCAUAAGGUUCGCCAAGGCCUUCGUGGACGCUCGGGAGGGGAUGGUGAAAGACGCUCGAGCGCUGAUGAACCUGCACAACAACCGGUGUGGUCGGAUGGCAGUGAAGCGCUUUAUGAAGCUGGAGUGCAAGUGUCACGGGGUCAGUGGCUCCUGUUCUCUGAGAACCUGUUGGCAGGCUAUGUCUGACUUCAGGCGAACUGGAGACUACCUCCGCAAGAAGUACAACACAGCCAUCGAGGUGACCAUGAACCAGGACGGGACGGGCUUCAUGGUGGCCGACAGGGACUUCAAGGGAAGCACCAAGAAUGAGUUGGUAUAUGUGGAGAACUCGCCAGAUUACUGCCUCAUGGACCGGGCAGCAGGCUCCUUGGGCACAGCGGGCAGAGUGUGCAACAAGUCGUCGCGAGGCACCGACGGCUGUGAGGUCAUGUGCUGUGGGCGGGGCUACGACACGAUGCGAGUCAAACGCGUCACCAAGUGUGAGUGCAAGUUCAAGUGGUGCUGCGCAGUGGAGUGCAAAGACUGCGAGGACGUUGUGGAUGUUCACACCUGCAAGCCCCACAAGCGACCUGACUGGCUGGACGUGACCUAACGAGGAGAUCUGACCAAUCACAGUCACCGCUGACUCAUUAACCUCUGUGCAUUUUAUUAGGAGAUAUAUACCUGGGAUCUCUUAACUGUAAUACCUCCGGCUUAUGAUCCUUUGACACUUCCUGAAGCAGAGACUUCAAAGACCUUUAUUGGAUGAUGCUAAACUGGAAAUUAGGCCCAGUUACUGAUUGUGUGUUGCUUUAAUGUGUGUGUUUCUAAGAACAAUUUGUUGAGCUUUUUUAAAAACAAAUUUUGAAUCUUUGAUACAAAAUGGCUGAAUAUUAUAUUAUUCUGGUGUAAAUGCACCCCUGAGGCAGAGAUACAGUAUGAGGUAAUGUGUGGUUGUUUUACAGUAUGUAGAGACUGUGUGAGCACAUGGCUCAGCUCAAACUGAUGAUCAUAACAAUAGAGAGAAACAGAAAUAAGAAAGAAGAGAGAAAGAUGGAGACAUCUUUGAGAUAUUGUACAAACACUGACACCGUAUCAUUUAACCAUUGUAUGGUACUGCAACAAACCAUUUAAAAUACAAAAGACUGUUUGCUUCUAAUUAAUGCAAGUCUAACAAACUAACAAAAAGUUCUUUCUUGAUUAUGGCCAGAUAAUCACACUGUGAAGCCAAAGGAACCAGAAGCAGGAGAACAAGCAGGUACUCGGAGUUAAAGUGGCAGCGUGCUGUACAUGCUGCAGAGCUGGAGUUUUCUUUUUUCUGGAGGUUGUCAGAAGAAAAAGGACAUGAACAGGAAAAAUGAAGCUUUGCCUGGACUGUGGACUGUUUUCUCUGUUUUCGCACAGUAUCCCACAUAUUUGAAUGUCUAACUGGUUUAACACAUUCUGCUUGUGUUGCCUUAUGGAAAACUUUCAUUUCUACCUCUGGUUCUUUGUCUUUGUUUCCAUUUUUACUGAGACCUUCAAGCAGCUGUUCAGACAGACAACACUCUGAUAAAGAAGGAAGCUGUAUGUACUCAGUUGGGUUUACGAUCUUCCAAUAAACAGAGAAGAAGAGUAAACUGCA